UUGAACCAUGCUGAGGUCUCACAGUCUGCUCUGUUCCAAUUUACUAUUAAAUCUGUUUUGCUUUUCUUUAAUUGUCAAUGAGAACUGUGGAUUGUAAAUACAGACCUAUCUUCUCAUUUCCUGGAGGACCAGGACUUUAUUUUGAAGCAACAGGAGAUAAAAGCACUGACACACCACCAAGAGCUGCCAGAUCUGAGUUUUUAUUUCAGAUCCAAGUCAUCCCACCUGAGUCAACAUGCAGCAACAGCAACAGCCUGAAGCGACGCAGACACCUCAGCAAACAGCCACAGAAACGUCGGAUACUACAGUGCUGUACCGUCGUCGAGGGAGAACUGCUCUCUGGGUGACCGUGUCCCUGCUGGUUCUGUCUCUGGUGAUUCUAACCAUCGGUCUGAUCGCUGUCACCCGCACCGACAAUGUUCCUGUUUCCGGAUAUUAUUCUGGCAUCACGCUCAGUUUUGGCGCCUUUCUGGGAAUUGUUGGCAUCCACCUGGUGGAAAACCGCAGACCCAUGCUCGUGGCAGCAAUAAUCUUCAUCAGCAUCGGAAUCAUAGCAUCCUUUUUCUGUGCCAUCGUGGACGGGAUCAUUGCUUCGGAGUUCAUUGACAUACGACCCGUGCAAGAGGACAUGUGUUACUAUUACAGCAGUGGAUCGGGACACGCAUAUGACAACUACUACAGUGAGGUGACGUGCCGCUCCUUCAACAAAGCCUGUGACCUGAAAGUGAGGAGCUACACCUGCUACUGCUGCUACCUGUACAACUGUGACAACAACGAGUACAGCCCUCACUACUAUGAGUUCACCGGGGUUGGAAGCUGCUGGGACGUGAUCCAUCUGCACCGGCUGUUGUGGUCCUCGGUGGUGCUCAACGUUAUCGGUUUGUUCUUGGGCAUCAUCACUGCUGCCAUCCUCGGAGCGUACAAAGAUACGCAAAAGCCCGCUCGUCCGGUUGCUCCCAGUCCGGCGCCACCGCCUCACAUCCUCUACAACCCUACCCAGCACAUGCUCAGCUACACCGGUUUCUGUCCCCCAGGACAGGCCCUGCCAGCCUACCCAAACUAUCCCAUUCCCAUGCAGCAUACCAACUACCAGUCACCUUCUACUCCCCAGAUGAUGUCUGAAGGAGGCCUCAGCUCUUGUUCCUCUGAGGACAACCAGAACCAGCAGCCCCCUCAGGUUCCCACCCAGCCACAGCCUCAGGGAACCACCCAGGACCCCGGAGGCUACAUGCUGACUCCCAACGCUCCCGUCCUCUACUCAUCCUCAUUCAGCCCCUUUGAGAAACCUCCUCCGUAUGCCUGCUGAGCUCCGACGUUGAGAGGUCCUACUGGACGUAGCACAAGACUUUGUGUGUGAGCUUCACACGUAUAUUUAAGUUCUUCGUCUGCAUGUGUUCUAUGGACUUUCUCUGAUCACGUGACCCGAGUUGUCAUUAGUGGAAACAAGCUAAUUCACUUUGUGUCAAGUUAAGAAAAAAAUGUCCCAGAAAUGCCUUUAAGUUCUAGUUCUAAGUCAGAGUUUUUGGUUAUUUUUGAUGAGUGUGUUGGAGUAAUUUCUCAGUCAUUCAGUCAUUCAGAGUCAUUUUAACAUUCUUUAAGAUGUUUCAGCUCUUUUCCCAAAAGGUUUCCGCUGGUUUUUAUUCUCUGUAUGAGCUUUAGGUGUGGAACACUUGCUUAAUCAAUACAUCUGCAGUAGUGAUGUGUCGUCGCGAACGAACCGGCUCUAAGAGCCGGCUCUUUGAAGUGAACGAUGGGAGCCGGCUCGUCAUUGGGAGCCGUCCCCUCCCCUCCCCCUCCCCUCUUGCUUUGGUGCAAGCUACAGGUCACCAUGUGUAACUGCGUGUCCAGACUGUCCACACACAGAGCAGUAGGGGCGGGGAAGAGGGAGGAUCAGAUUCAGACACACAGCAGAGAACAUGCGAGUGGAGGGAGACGAGAGAGAAUGAGGAGGAGGAGGAAAAAGGAGAGCGAGAGAGAGGAGAGUGCGACGAAGACUGUGAGAAAAUGAGCGCCAGCAGUCGGAAAGUGUAGAUUUCUUAAAGUGUUCAGUUAUUAAAUCCAUAGAAAUGAUAAAUAUUUGAUAUAUUGCAUUUUUUUUACAUUAGUAAAUAAUUUUACAUAUAGUUUAGCAUUAUUUUGGUUAAAAAUGUACUCUACGCAACAGAAAAUCUGAGGAGCCACUAGGGAGCCGAAAGAGCCGGCUCUUUUUGGUAAGCUGAGCCAAAAGAACCAGCUCUCUAAAAAGAUGAAGCUCCAGUGUGCCGGUUUCAGGAACUAGAAGUGAGCCAGAUCAGAGCUGAGCUUAAGGUGACAGGAUUCGGAGUCUUAUUUCCUGAUAUUUGGACAUCUCGCCUCUGACUGGCAAACAGCAGCGUGACUCUACCACUGACUUUUUAGCUUUGCAGCGUUGCUGUUUCAUCUCCAAAAACAACUAAAGCCUGGAGAAGUUCUGCUGUGUGGCAGAGUUGCUAAUGCUAACAGUCAAGACGUUCUCUGUUGUGUCCUAGACCCUAAACCGACCAAAGCCUUCCCCGUCGCGAGUCAAGAUGGGUGAGUCCAUGAAUGUUAAGUGAAUCCAGCGUCUAUUUUCAAAGAGAUUAUGUUUAUGUAUUUAGCAGACGCUUUUGUCCAAAGCGACUUACAGAUUAGGAGACUACUCUCAUGUUCAGCCUGCCUGCAUGAAAUCUGAGGGAAUUUAAUUUGAAAUAAUUAUUUUUCUGUUUUCCACACCUUUAAAUGUAUUCAAGCUUCAAGAGACAAAUCCUUUUGAGAACACCUAAUGGUAAUUAAAAGUAAAACUUAGAGCUAUCAGAAAGAUUUUAGUACUUUCUAAAUGUCCAACAGACUGUUUCUGUAUAACUGAGGAUCUUCUCAUCUUGGUUUGGUUUUUAUCUUAGACAAAAAAGCGGAGAAGACAAAAAACGAACCUGAUUCUGUCUAAAAAUACUCUUUUCUUCUGAUCAGCAUUAUUUAUUUUAUAAUAACUGCAGAUCCACUAAGCAAAUUUCUACCAUCUUGAGUUUAAAGCUGGCUUUAAGAUUUUAUACAUUUGUUAAUGUGUCGUAGAUCUGGGGCUUCAUGUUUCCUCUCACCAUUUUAUUUACAUUACAAAUAAACAAAAGGGCUUUGGUGAAAUGUGAACGGGAUAACUGAUGCUUAUAUUUGUUUGCUAAUCAUUAAAUGUGCACUUUAGUCAGUAUGCUGUAUGUAUUAAUGGUGUGUGUGAACUGCUGCUGCUAUCAAAUCUGUUGUGUGUGUGAAACACUGUGCAGUAAGGGCUUGAAAGGUAUUUUGCAUUUAAAAGAAGAGUUUGAAACUUUUGGGAAAACACAGAAUUUGUUUUCUGAGCUUCAGGCGGGAGAACUGACGAGCUAAAGGGAAAACCAAAGCUCCUGGACAAAUUAAAGGCAAACAAAAAGACCUGGGAUAGGACGACAGCUGGGAAUGUUCUGGCUAAAACACAAACCGAAUACGUGAGAAGUUCAGUAUUAAAACACGCUGGAGUGAAUCCCUCCCUCGUGUGAAAGGAAAACAUCUGCAUUUCCCAUAAACUCUUUAUGAAUCUAACCAGGACUAACUUAACUGCAUUUUUAUUUAUUUCAUUCAUAAGCAAUAAAAUGUGCUCCUGCUUAAA